AUGGUGCAGAAGACCGUCAAUACUCUCUUAUUUUUUCAUCUCUUUCUCUCCUAUUUUAUUUCUGUAUUGAUUCUGCCAUUUCUAGCCACCCACCUUCAGGAUAGGCCUGAAGGGUGGGCCUUUGGAACUGUCUUGUGCAAAGUCUUCAGCCAGCGCUUGUCUGUGAGCAUCUUUGCCUCUGUUUUCUUCCUCUCUGCCAUCAGUGUUGGUCAUUAUCUUCUCACGCUUCACCCAGAAGAGUGGUCCCAGAAGCACCGAAACCCACACUGGGCUUCCCGAACUGUCUUGGGAAUCUGGAUUUCUGCCCUUACCCUCAGCAUGCCCUAUUUGGUUUUCAGGGAGACACGUGAUGACCAUAAAGGGAUAAUGGUAUGCCAAAAUCACCAAGUGGUCUACUACCACGACAGCAAAGGGAAGCAGUCAUCAAGACAAUGGAUUCACACAGCCUGUGUCAUGGUGUUCUUGCUGGGUUUCCUUCUACGCUUCCUCCUCAUCUUUUGCUACAAAAGAGUAGCCACCAAGAUGGAAGAGAAGGGACUCCUUAAAUCCAGCAAGCCCUUCAAAGUCACGCUGACUGUCACCGUUCUGUCUCGAUGCUGGAUGUCUCGCCGUGGACGCAGAGGCGUGGUCCUCACUAAGAACCGGCCACUACUUUGAACAGCGGUCACUGUUCCUUUCAAUACCGUCUUUUCCCCCAUUCCCCAUUUAUUCACUGCGGAGAAUUUCAAGGAAUUCGAGAAAUCGACUCCUGCUCUACUUAAGUCAACAUUCAGUGAGGAUUCUUCUACAGAAGAAACACAAACCCUAAACGCGGAAACUGGAAUUUAA